AUGGCGGAGCCAAAGUCAGACACUUCUGAUCUCCAACGUUUCGAUGAAAUGUGGCUCCAUCUAACACCACGCGGUGCAACAGUUCCGUACAACGUGUGCCACGAUUCAGAGGGAAACGUCUGGGUCGCAACGAAAGGAGGCUUGUUUAAAUUUGAUGGAAAUCGGAGAACUACUAUCUGGGAACGGAAGAAUAUGUUCCCAAAAAAGAUGGCUCCAUUCCCACAAGUUGCUUUUCAUGACGGAAAGAUAAUCUACACAUGUGCCGAAGACAAGGAUCGGACCACCGAACUCCGAUUUUUCACUCUCUCAGGUGAAAUGACCCAUGAACAGUUCAUCGAUGGUUUGCUUAUAUCAUUGACAAUUGCUGAUAAUGGGGAUAUGUACAUCAGCAAGCAACCCACUGGAUCGAGUUCUAUUAUAUAUCGAGCCUCUAUGGAUACUCCUCUCGCUUGGGAAGAAGUGGUGGAAUCAUCAGCAGAUGCUUUCUACACGCUAUGCGCACUGAAUAACGAUACUCUUGUUGCAGCCAUGUCGACUCGUCCCCUAAAUAUGUAUUCGAAGCAGAGGAUGGUCCUUGUAGAUACAAAGGCCGGAAAGAUCAAAGCAUCAUUUAGCAAAGAGGGGAAACAGGGGAGUGAUAUUUUCUUCCCCCGAGCUAUUCGAAAAUAUGGUGAGGAUAUUGUCGUUAUGGACAAAUCUGGUCGAUUUAUGUGCUUUUCUGUGAAAGGAGAGUACAAAGGAUUGUUGGCUGAAAUAGACGCUUACCUAGCUAAUGGUUUCUGCAUCAAAGAUGGUGCUGCCCUCAUGGCGCUGAGCGGAGUUGUUUUGGAUCAGGAAAAUCGAACAAUAUGUGACGAUUGGCUAGAAUGGAUAAAUUUUGACGGGUCAUCCUGGAGAAAACAGAGAGAAGAGAAAAAGACUGCUGUCGUGAAGUGUUAA